AUUUAUUAAUAUUAAUAUGACUAUUCUAUUAUGUUGACUGCUAUGCAGACGUGCAAUGAGGCAAAAAGGUCAACUCUCAAUAGAAUAUUUGACUGAAAAAUCAAUAAAGAAGUGUUUUUUAUCAUGGAUACUGCAUUUUCGGUUCCAAACCAGAGACACCACAAACCAGAUGAUGAUCAUGAAAACUUCUACUAUGCAAAUGGUUUUGCUGAGAUUCAAGUUUGUAGAAGCUUGUCAAGGAAUGAUAAUGUCCAAAGGGAGAAGCAGAUUUCGAUUGACCCCAUUUCGUUUAGAGAGUCGCCUAAAGUUAAUGGCUUUUUAGAGUUACCAGCCUCACUUCUUCCCGGAAAGCCUAAGUUUCUGAGCUGUAGUCUUCCAAACUCUGCCAAUUCGUCUCCUCGGUUCAGCACAUCUUUGCUGAAGAAGAAAGUGAAGAAUGAAGGCCAAGGCCAAGGCCAAAGCCAAGGUCAAACAUCUCCUCUUCAAAAUGAAGCAGAAAAACAGAUGAAUUUGCCAUUGGAAUAUUACUUGAGAAGGAGCAAAUCUUGUGCUGAAGGAAGAUCAUUCUCUCCAUCUGAUGAUCUUGAUCUUUGGCUACAAAAACCAGAUGUAUCUGAUCAAUAUGGCAACAAGAAACACCGCAAUAGUUUCCCUAGAGGUGAUAACCGAACAAGCAACAAAGCCGGUCACCACAACAACAAUAAGAACAGCUACAACCAACACAACAGCAAUAGCAGCAACAGCAUGGAUUUGUCAAGUGGUGGAGGGUUCAAGUGUGGUGCAUGCUUGUUCAUACCGGGAUUUGGAAAGGGAAGACAAGUGAGAGCAUCAAGAAAGGAAGAAGUUGAUCAAAUGGAGAAUAAUAUUAGUAAUGUGAUAUCAAGGACAGUUUCCUUAGAGAAAUUUGAAUGUGGAUCAUGGGCUUCAUCCGUCAUAGGAGGAGGAGGAGGAGGAGAAGGAGACUCAACGAAUCACUAUUUCGAUCUUCCAAUGGAGUUGAUUCAGAGUGGAAACAAUGAUGCAAACUCUCCUGUUUCUUCAGCCUUUGUUUUUGACAAAGACAUCAAAGGAGUUCUUAAGAAUGGCUCGGUUAGAUCAUCAACAACAGCGCCAACAACAACAACAACGGCAGCUAGGAAGUCAAAUGAUUCGGCUAGACAUGUUCGGUUCUCCACAGCUUCUCCUCAAUCAUUCCCUGCUUCCCCUACUUGCAUUACACCUCGCCUGAGAAAGGCGAGGGAGGAUUUCAAUGCCUUCUUGGAAGCUCAGAGUGCAUGAUUGAGCAAUGAUUGAUAUUUGUGUUGAGCAAUGAUUGAUUUGAUAUGUAGAAUGAGAGAUGUUUGUCUUAACAAAUUUUCUUAUACACUUUAGAUUUGUGGAAAAUAAAUGUAAAAAGGGUCUCUUUUUUUUUUUGAGUUUUGGAGUGUUGAACAAAACAUUUUCUACAAAUCAUUUGAAGGAAAAGGCCAAAAACUGGAUUUUUGUUUUUCA